ACAGUUCAUGUCUGCAGUCAACCCGAAUCCUCGGACCAGGCUGCCGGCAGAGGAGGAGCUGGGCUGGCACCGGGUUUCCUGGCUGGAGCGGGGCUGCCCGGUCCCGGUGGAACCCCGAGGUCUCCAGCGCAGCAGGUACCGGGGCAGAGCCCGCCCCCCCGGCGUUCUCCCGGAGCACGGGAAGAGGAGCCGGGGAAAUCGAAAGUCAGCGCCGCUCGGCUGCGCUCCGCCCCGCGCCGGGCCAUGGCUGCCGCGGUGCCCCUGGGCCGGCUGCUGCGCGCGGUGGAGCUGAGCUGCGCCUGCUGCCUGCAGCACUUCGCGGACCCGGUGCGGCUCGCGGUCUGCGGCCACAGCUUCUGCCGGCCCUGCGUCCUCCAGUACUGCAAGGGGAAGCAGCGCGCAGUCUGCCCGCUCUGCCGGGAGGGCUUCGAGCUGAAGGACCUGCGGCCCAACCGGGAGCUGGCCGCUUUGGUGAACCUGGUCCAGCAAGAGGUAAAGGAAGAAGAGUUGGAAGCACAGAAUGAACCGAAGCUCUCCGCAGCUGUUGCCUGCAACGACCAGAGCUCGGCGGGAAGCCGACAUAGGGAUAAGGAGGAAGAGAUACAGGACAUCUCGAAGGAAAUGGAAGCGACUAUAGAGACCAUCCACCUCUUGAGAGAAGAGCUCAGUAAAACAAAGGAAUAUACAUCUCAGAUCAAAAACCAGAUUACAAGAGAUUUCAGUUGCAUGAAGGAAUAUGUUGAAAGACAGGAGAGACACACACUGGUGUUCAUUGAACAAGAGCAAAAAGCAGCUGAAGAGAAAAUUGAAGAGACUAUUCAGCAGCUCUGCAUUGAAGUGAACAGGCUCGCAGACAUCACAGCUGAAACAAGCACCCUACCAGAGAGACAUAGGUACAGAGACUUGCCUUCAAUAAUGGAUAAAAUUACACUUGAUGAGAAACUGAAUGUUGUCAAAAGUGCUGUGGAAGUUCUUAAGAGAAAGUUGGAAAUUUUGCUUUUGGAGAAAUACCCUGAGCAGUUAACACCAGUGGAACCACCAGACUUGGGUCAAGAGACAAGUGCCUGCUCCUUAUCUCCAGAGUCUGCAGUUAAAAGUCCAGAACCAGUGAAUUCAAGCCGUUUUUCCCAGUGGGCAGAUGAUGUGACUUUUGAUCUCAGAAGAGUCUAUGAGCGCUUAGCAAUCACAGCCCAGAACAGAAAAGUCAUGGUUUCCAGCCACCCAACUGACUAUGGACCAUCACCCAAUAGAUUCUGCAUCAGCCAAGUGAUGUGUUCACAGAGCUUCUCUACUGGGUGCCACUACUGGGAAGUAAUUACCAAGGACAGUGAUGGAUGGGCUGUUGGAGUUGCUCAUAAAAUGAUUGGUAAAAGGGAAAAACUAGGAAGAACGGAGCAUUCCUGGUGUGUGGAAUGGCUAGGUCCCAGAAAGCAGCUGUCAGCAUGGCACAGGAAUCAAGAAACGUUAUUACACAAGGAUAAACCACUGAAGGUUGGCGUUUUUCUGGAGCUACAGAAGAAGACCGUGUCAUUUUACUCCAUCACUGACAAAGAAAUGCUUUUGCAUACUUUUGAAAUCAGUACCUCAAAUCCUCUUUACCCUGCUUUCUGGCUAUAUGGCCUAGAAAUAAAUGGAUCUUUAACUAUAAGUCACACAAAUGGGACAUAAAAACCUGUUCAGAAAAGUGGCAGUUUUGCCUCUUACUGCAGAGCUUCUCUACAGGCUUCAAUGUUUAGCACAGGAAUUUACUAAGGAGUGUGUAGCCACCAAGGUUUUACUGGGAAUUAGCAACUGAUCCAUUCUCUGCUCUGUUCUUCUUCAUGCUGUGCUCAGAUCUAACGAUACUUCAUCAAAACAGUUCCAAUGUAUGCUAAAAGUAGUAACCAUCCCUGUGGGACCCGAGUGGAUUUCUUAAGCGGCUUUAAGUACUCCCAGGGUAUUUCUAGGAAGGAAUGCACUAAGGAAGCUCUGAAGCUGAGGAUAAGCUCUUCCCAUGGACUUUGUUUUCCUACAUUGAUCCAAAUAAAUUACAGGAGAACAGACAAUGCUAUGGCAUUCUGUCAAGUGCGCUUUCUUCAGAAAGAUCUGAUUGAGUAAGGAAUGCUGAAAGGAAAGACUGCUAUUGAUCUCAUGCAUGAAAAUCUUUCUCUUUAGCGGUAGGUACUAAAUUCCAGGAAACACGCUUUGUAUUUGAGUACCUGACAUUCCAGGGAGGUGUCCCAGAACAACAUUGUCUCAUUAGCAUUAUUUUUUAGCCCUGCUCAGGCCAAAAGGUUGUCAGUCCUGAUGGUAGUGUGACAUGAGUACACCACCAUUGAAGCAGAUGUUUUCAAAUGUGUUUGUACCAGCUAAUAAAUCACGUUACUGCACUUUUACAGAGCCAGCAACCAGCAGUGUCAUGGAAAGCACAACCUUUUCUUGCCAGAAAGCCCAAGGAAUCAAGAGGUUCUAUGAGUUUCCUUGCCAGCAUACAGCAUUUCUGCCCUGGUUUGUCACACCUUCCUAGCUGUAGUGAGAUCCUGCAAAACCUCCUGGCAGUUGAACUGAGAGGACCACUGCUUCAUGCAGGCAAACUGAGAACAGUUCCCAGGAAGCAAAAGCUUUUUCAGAAGAAAUUCAGCAUUCCAGAACCAAAUAAGGAUUUUAAUGUGAAUAAAGCAUGUUGGGAUUCAACUAGCUCA